AUGGCGGACAGGGAGAUCUACUCUGCCACCUACAGCAAUGUUCCCGUCUAUGAGCUCAAGGUCGCCGGCGACCAUGUCAUGCGCCGCCGGUCCGACAACUGGGUCAACGCUACGCACAUUCUGAAGAUUGCCGGCUUUGACAAGCCAGCUCGGACAAGGAUUCUUGAACGUGAGGUGCAAAAGGGCGUGCAUGAGAAGAUUCAAGGCGGGUAUGGAAAAUAUCAAGGCACAUGGGUUCCUUUGAACGAAGGCCGCGCGCUGGCUGAGAAGCAUGGUGUUCUUGAUCGCACUGCCAAAAUAUUCGACUUCGUGCCGGGGGAUCGCAGCCCUCCUCCUGCUCCCAAGCAUACCACCGCCGUAUCAAAUCGUCCAAAGCAACCGAAACAGCCGGUCGUUCCACGAAAAGUACCCCCGCAGCCACCCCAGCAUUACGCACCAGUGGACGGCUACGAAAGUGCCAGUGUCCAUUAUAAUGGGACAGAAAGUCGAGAACAUUCCCCAGAGACCGCUUCAUUCAUGGCAGAAGACGAUUUCCUUCCGCUGUCCCAAAACUCCACAGCAUCGAGAAAACGAAAGCGAGACUUUGAGGAACUGGCUCCCACUGCCUCAGACCUCGAGCAUACCCUGUACGGCGACGAGUUGCUGGAUUACUUUGUUACUGCUGGUGAUGACCCUGCUGCCUCCAAUAUCCUACCCCCAGAACCGCCUGCAAACUUCGACGUUGACAGACCGAUUGACAAUCUGGGAAACAAUGCUCUGCACUGGGCUUGCGCUAUGGGUGACGUCGUCGUUGCACGGGACCUCCUGGCACGCGGUGCAAACCCUGCUGCUCAAAAUAAGAGCUCACUUGAAACUCCCUUGAUCAGGGCUGUCUUGUUCACCAACAAUUACGACAAGAAGACCUUCCCAAAAAUCGUGCAGGCUUUAGCGGGAACGAUCGUUGAGCGGGACGCUUAUGGUGCAACUGUCUUCCACCAUAUCGCCGAGUCAGCGCGCUCCCGGGGCAAAUGGAGUUGUGCUCGGUACUAUUGCGAAGUCUUGAUCAACAAAAUGCAGGAAAUGGGCUCAAACUAUGUUCAGGCGCUCCUUACCUCCAUUGACCACAAUCACGACACUGCAGCACUAUGUGCCAUCCGCAACGGAUGUGUCAAAGUCGCAACAUUCCUCCUCAACCAUUGUCCCGAAGCAGGAGACAUUCCGAAUCUGAAGGGAGAAACUGCCAAUGAGUACCUCCGAGCUCUUCGAGAGAAGAAGGAAAGCCUCCAGCAGCCAGGCUCAUCUCCCCCGCGGGCUGGAGAGUCCUUCGCGUCGAAACAAUCUCGUCGUAAGCGACAGAAGGAAGCCUUGUCCCGUGCCGCGUCAUUGGUGCUCGAUAAGAUCGUGCCUCUGAUGGACGCAGGGAGCUUCAAAUUAGCCGACAUGUACGAUUUGCAGAUGUCGGAGAAGGACACGGAAAUCACGGAAGCCAAACACGCACUGACCGAGCUCGAGAACCAGCGCCAUAAGAUUCGGCAAGAGACCUUCUCGCUGAUGGCCAAGGUCGAGGAUGUGUCCAAGAUCCCCACAUUGAAACAGGAGUAUGAAGCAUGCCUGCGCGAAGUGGAGACUCUUCUCGAACAGAAAGAGCACGCCACCCUGCAGAAUGAACUGUGGCAGCAGGACCAGCAGACGAGUCCGGAAGCGUUCCGUUUCCCGAACACGUCGUCACUAUCGCCUGAUGAAAUCCGCGCGGUGGUCCCCUGGGCGAUUGAGCUCAACAAUCAACAGAACCUACGCCGGCAGUGGGUCAAGGACAUUGCCAAACUGAUGAGUGAGGCGGGCGCAGGCGAAAAGGUGGGCAAACACAGAAAACUCGUGGCGAUUGCUACGGGCCUCAAGGAGGAUGAGCUGGACGGCAUGUCGGUGGAGUUGUUGGAAAGUCUGCAGGGAAAUCAGGCUGGGAAAACACCGCAGACGCCUCCCUCUCAAGCUCAGGCUCCGGACGAGGCACAGGCUUGA